AUGGCCUUCUCGAAGUUUUGGCAGCGGCAGGCUGCUAGCGAGGUGACAGCCGUCGAGCUCGAUCCGUCCGCGUCUGAUGUGUCGGUUAUUCACGACGGCCAUCUCGCGUAUACCGUUGAGAAGUCGGGCAACGGCGCAAAGCCUUCCUACCAAGAGGCCGUUGGGGCGCCCGUGGAAUCGAAGUCGCCGUUGGGGUACCAAGUCGGCUGGCUGAGCGUGAUCUUCCUCAAUGUCAACCAGAUGAUCGGCACUGGUAUUUUCUCAACGCCUGGAACCAUCUUGAACAGAACGGGAUCAGUCGGUCUCGCUCUAAUUUACUGGACAAUUGGCCUGCUACUCGCACUCGCGGGCUUCCACGUCUAUCUCGAGUUCGCCAGCUUCUUUCCGAACCGUUCCGGAUCCGAGGUCGUCUAUCUGGAGCAGGCGUAUCCCAGGCCCAAGCAUUUCUUCCCCAUUGCGUUCGCCGUGUUUUCCGUCGUCUUGUCGUUUGCUAGCAGUAAUGCGAUUGUCCUGGCGCGAUAUGUCUACCAAGCUGCGGGCACCACACCAACGGACUGGCAGUUGAAAGGGGUAGCAGUGGCUAGCUACACUGUCGCAGUCAUAUGCGUUAUCGUCAGCAACAAGUACUCACUAUAUCUCUCCAACAUCCUCGGCGCCGUAAAAAUCAUAACCCUCAUCUUCAUCAGCAUCACGGGCCUCGUAGUGCUGGGCGGCAACGUGAAGCACAUCACGGACCCGGGCGUCAACUUCCGGAACUCGUUCGAGGGCACGACGGACAACGGCAACGACCUCGCCGUCGCGCUCGUCAACAUCGUCUUCUCGUACACCGGCUUCGCCAACGCCUUCAACGUCGUCAACGAGAUCAAGAACCCCAUCCCCACACUAAGGAGGAACGGUGUCACGUCAGUUAUGGUGGUCGGCAUCUUGUAUCUGCUUUGCAACAUCGCGUAUUUCGCUGCUGUGCCGAAGGAAGAGUUUGCCAAGUCCAAGGAGGUUGCCGCCGGCGUCUUCUUCAUCACUGUCUUCGGCAAGGGACGCGCUGAGCAAGCGCUGAACGUCCUCGUUUUACUGAGCGCAUUCGCAAAUCUAGUAGCCGUGAUGAUCGGCCAGUCUCGCAUGAUCCGAGAAAUUGGACGACAAGGCGUGCUGCCAUUCACCGAGUUCUGGGUCUCGACUAAGCCCUUCGGCACACCGUUGGGGCCGUACCUGAUCAUCUGGUUCACGACAUUCAUCAUGACCGUCGCCCCCCCUGCCGGCGAUGCUUUCCAAUUCGUCGUAAGCCUACGCUCCUACCCCACCGGAAUAUUCCACCUCUUCCUCGCCAUCGGCCUCUACCUCGUGCGGUACCGGCACAAGCGCGUCGGCCACGCCGCCCCCUACCGGACCUGGGACGUCGUCGUCAUCUUCUACAUCCUCCUGCAGGUCUACAUCAUCGCGACGCCCUGGAUCCCUCCCAAGGGCGGGCCCUUCGCCGGCGAGGUGUCGUUCUGGUACGCGACGUACUGCGUCGUCGGCAUCGGCUUCAUCCUUCUCUGCGGCGUGUACUACGUGUUCUGGAUGUACCUGCUGCCGCGGUGGGGGAAAUACGAAGUUCGGGCCGAGAUCUUCACUGUGGACGAUGGGAGCGGCGCGACGAUGCAUCGGUUGGUGCGGGUCCCGCUGGGGGAACUGGCGAGGUGGGACGAGGAGCAUGAUGAGGCGGGGAGGCUGAGGAGGCACACGGCGGUCGAGGAGGCGGCGGACUCGAAGGGGGAGGAUGGGGAUGAGCGGGCCCGGGAGGUUUGA